UUCGUAGUUUCCUCGGCGGUAUGGUUACUGUACGACCUGUUGACCACGUUCGACCAGGAGGUGAGCGCAACUGGGUGUAGGUCUGCCAACACGCUUCCAAAGUUCCUCUAUCUUGUUUCGAGAUAUGUGGGAAUAUUCGGGCAAUUCUGUAAUGGUCAACUCAUUACUUCGCUCAUCCUCGACUCGUGCUUAAUUUUGAGCGUCGAGCUGAGCUUGAUGCUGAGGAUUGACGCCCUCUAUGGGCGAAAAGCUAAACGUGUCUGGCUUCUGAAUCUUCCCCAGACAGCAGCCGCCAUCAACGGGAUAAUAUACCCUCGUAUCUACGCCGAGUCGCGACCGUUCCCGUCGGAUUGGCCGCUAAAGGGCUGCUUCUUUCCUACGGAUAUAUUUUGGAAUAAACUGUGCUGGUACGGCCCCGAUUCUUCGGGUAUAGCCCUGCUGUUCUGCCUUAAUACUGCGAAGUGCAUAUCAUACGGCCGUUUGGAACAGACUCCACUAAUUUACCGACUUUUCCGGGAUGGGAGUGCCUACUUCGCAAUGUACGUACCUCCACUGGCCGAGGGCGAACGCACGGCUGACCCCUCGCUUUUAGCGCGUUCGGUCAGUAUGAUGCUUGGAGCCAUCGAUGUACACGCUGACAUGGUGGCUGCUAGCUUUCAUGCUCGUCUGCAUCGUAACUCAGUUUCUGGACGUCAGUUGGGCCUCAACCGCGACUUCUACGUUCGUCGCAUAUUUCUUGAACACGCGUGGGAUCACUACUGA